GACACGACGCUCCCCGUUCCUCCCCUUCACACGCAUGCGAACCACGUCACGCAGGCCGUACCGGUUCCCAGGGAGAGAGGUGCUGCCGGUACCGAUUGUGCAGCUUCUCGGACGGGCCGAGAAAAAAAAACAAACACCCUUCGCUUGUCAGUUGUGACUGCGGACUGAGAUGUAACUCGGCAGAUUCUUCACAAUGAUCGAUAAAAGCAUUUAUAUUGUGCAAGGUGAAAUAAAUAGUGUUGUUGGCGCUAUAAAGCGAAAUUCAAGAUGGACCACUCAUACUCCAUUGGCUUCGUUACUUGGGGAGAGCAAAACAACAAGGCCGUAUCAGGAGGAAGAGCAAGAUCUACUUCUAAAUAGUUUCAAUCAUCUCAAGGAUGUGUUGAACAAUAUAACAGACCUCUCCGAAAUAGAACCAAAUGUUUUCCUUCGACCUUUCCUGGAGGUAAUCAGAUCAGAAGAUACUACUGGACCGAUCACAGGAUUAGCACUUACAUCUGUAAAUAAGUUCCUGUCAUAUGGAUUGAUAGAAGCUCUACUACACUUGCUACAGAUGAAAACAAUGGGCUCAGAAGGUGCAGAAUUCUCUGGCCUCUUUUUCCCUUGGCAGGCUGAGAUUUCAAUUUCUCCUGCUUUCCACAAGACCCCUCCAACAGUUAGCCUCCAGAGGGUUUUUCAUUAUCCCAAUCAUGAAGGUGCCGCAGAGGGAAUUGAAAACAUGGCUGAUGCUGUCACGCACGCACGUUUUGUUGGCACAGAUCCAGCAAGUGACGAGGUUGUUCUAAUGAAAAUUUUGCAGGUCUUAAGAACGUUACUACUCACUCCUGUUGGUGCUCAUCUAACAAAUGAGUCAGUCUGUGAAAUAAUGCAGUCAUGUUUCCGAAUAUGCUUCGAGAUGAGACUUAGUGAGUUAUUGAGGAAAUCUGCUGAGCACACACUGGUAGACAUGGUGCAGCUGCUGUUCUCAAGGUUACCUCAGUUUAAAGAAGAAGCGAAGAGUUUUGUGGGAGCCAGCAUGAAAAAGGCUUACGCUAUCUUAUGGAAAAACAAACGAGUGCAGCUUAAAAUGAGAGCUGGAGGAAUGAGUGAUUCGUCAAAGUGGAAAAAGCAGAAGAAAUCCCCACGACCAUCCCAUCAUGCAAGCAAGCUUCCCCUCACGUCAGAGCAACCAUCUGUUCCAGGCCAGGUUGUGUACAGUUCAGUAGGUUCUGUACCUCAGCACUUAAACAAUCAUCCAGGUGAAGCACCCUUCCUAGAACAUUCCGUUGUACCGACAAGCAGUGCAAGUUCGACUUCAACUGUUAUUUCUGAAAAUCCAUCAACUGUCUCAAGCCCUACCACAGACAGUGGCAUGGAGCUUUCCUCAAAGACAACAUUAAAAGAAGAUCUUACAGACCUUGAUCAGGUCAAUUCUACAAUUAUCACACCAGUAAAUACCCCUUCCACUGAGCCUGGUGAAGAAAAAAUGUUAGAACUGCAAAUCCAGCAAGAAUCACAGAAGAGUGGAAGAGUGGACUGUUUUAUGCCAAAGGAAGAGAAGGCUCAAUCAAUGUCAGUGGAAUCUAUUCCAGAAGUAUUUGAAGAUCGUGAUUCCCUUGCAGAAAUGUCCGAUACUGCUUCAAUCCAUGAAGUACAUGAUAUGGACUAUGUUAACCCUCAUGGAGUUAGGUUUACACAGUCAACUCAAAAGGAAGGUGCAGCUCUGGUUCCAUAUGGUUUGCCUUGCAUACGAGAGCUAUUUCGGUUCCUUAUCUCUCUCACCAAUCCACAUGACCGUCACAACUCUGAUGUGAUGAUUCAUAUGGGUUUACAGUUACUUACUAUAGCACUGGAAUCGACCCACAUCGCCAACUAUACUUCUUUGCUUGGUCUUGUUAAAGAUGAGCUCUGUCGACACCUGUUUCAGCUGUUAACUGUGGAACGUCUUAAUUUGUAUGCCACUUCUCUCCGGCUGUGCUUCCUUUUAUUUGAAAGCAUGAGGGAACAUCUUAAAUUUCAACUUGAGAUGUAUUUGAAAAAGCUGAUGGAAUUGGUCACCUCAGAAAAUCCAAAAAUGCCAUAUGAGAUGAAAGAAGUGGCUUUGGAGGCACUAGUUCAACUGUGGAGAAUCCCAAGCUUUGCCACAGAACUGUAUAUCAACUUCGAUUGUGAUUUCUACUGUUGUAAUCUGUUUGAAGAUCUUACCAAGCUUCUUUCCAAGAAUGCUUUUCCUGUAUCUGGACAACUGUACACCACUCACUUGCUGUCACUUGAGGCUUUAUUAACAGUUAUUGACAGCACUGAGUCUCAUUGUCAAGCCCAGGUUCUCAAUAAUACUUUACAGCUGGACAAAAGAGAUGGAAGUACUCUGACAAUGGAAAUGAGCAAUGGUAAAGACAUUCCAAAUGGUAUCGAAAAGUCAGGGACUAGUGGCAAUUCACUUCCUUCGGACAUGGAAGUAUCACUACCUCACCCGCCAACCAGUGGCCACCUUAUGGCUCAAAAAAUGAAAUUGGGCCGGCAGGUUCCAGAUGAAGGUGAAACAGUGGAGAAGAGGCCACCCAAGAAACCAAUUCGAUUUUCUUCUUUCCUACCAAGUCCUCAGGAACUGUCAGAGAUUAAAAGCAAAAAAAAAUUGCUCAUUACUGGAACAGAACAGUUCAACCAGAAACCAAAAAAAGGCAUUCAAUUCCUUCAGGAGAACGGCUUGCUUGCAUCCCCCAUGGACAAUAGUGAAGUUGCUCAAUGGCUCAGGGAAAAUCCACGACUGGACAAAAAAAUGAUUGGCGAAUUUAUCAGUGAUCGAAAGAGCAUGGAACUCUUGGACAGUUUUGUUGGGACGUUUACUUUCCAAGGAUUGAGAGUUGAUGAAGCAUUGCGCUCCUAUCUAGAAGCCUUCAGACUCCCUGGUGAAGCUCCCAUUAUUCACAGAUUAUUAGAAGUCUUCACAGACCAUUGGCAUAAAAUCAAUGGCUCACCGUUUUCCAACAAUGAUGCCUGCUUUGCACUUGCCUAUGCUGUAAUAAUGCUCAAUACAGACCAACACAAUCACAAUGUUCGUAAGCAAAAUGUACCAAUGACAUCAGAGCAAUUCAAAAAGAAUUUGAAAGGAGUUAAUGGCUCUAAAGAUUUUGACCAAGAUAUGUUAGAGGACAUAUAUAACGCAAUCAAGAAUGAUGAGAUUGUGAUGCCAGAGGAACAAACUGGUUUUGUCAAGGAGAACUAUAUAUGGAAUGUACUCUUGAAUCGUGGGAACUCACCGGAAGGCAUUUUCCUCCACGUACCCCCUGGAACCUAUGAUCAUGACCUAUUCACCAUGACUUGGGGUCCCACCAUCGCUGCACUUUCUUAUGUUUUUGACAAGAGCUUAGAUGAAACAAUAAUACAGAAGGCGAUAUCUGGUUUCAGAAAAUGUGCAAUGAUUUCAGCUCAUUACGGACUAAGUGAUGUGUUUGACAACCUUAUAAUUUCACUGUGCAAGUUUACAGCUCUUAGUAGUGAGACUGUGGAAAACCUUCCAAAUGUUUUUGGUAGCAAUUCAAAGGCUCAACUUGCAGCCAAGACUGUGUUUAAUUUAUCUCAUCGUCAUGGUGACAUUCUUCGAGAAGGAUGGAAGAACAUUGUGGAAGCAAUGCUGCAGCUUUUCCGUGCCGAGCUAUUGCCCAAAGCCAUGGUGGAGGUUGAAGACUUUGUUGAACCCAAUGGGAAAAUCUCUCUCCAGCGUGAAGAAACCCCCUCAAAUCGUGGAGAGUCCACAGUCCUCAGCUUUGUUAGUUGGCUCACAUUAAGCGGUAAUGAGCAAUCCAGCCUGAGGGGACCAUCUAUAGAGAAUGAAGAGGCCAAACAAGCAGCUCUGGAAUGCAUUAAGCAAUGUGACCCUGAAAAGCUGAUUACAGAGAGCAAAUUCCUUCAGCUCGAGUCUCUUCAAGAAUUGAUGAAGGCUCUCAUUUCUGUGACACCAGAUGAGGAGACCUAUGAUGAAGAAGAUGCUGCAUUUUGCUUGGAGAUGCUGCUGCGGAUAGUGCUGGAGAACAGAGAUCGAGUUUCAUUCGUCUGGCAGACUGUACGAGAUCACCUCUACCAGUUGACUGUUCAUGCAACAGAGCAGUGCUUUCUUGUGGAAAGAGCAGUUGUCGGUCUUCUCCGCCUGGCAAUACGGUUACUGCGCAGAGAGGAGAUCAGUCAACAGGUGCUGCUGUCCCUACGAGUUCUCCUCACGAUGAAGCCAACUGUAUUGUCAAGAGUGAGCCGACAAAUUGCAUAUGGUCUACAUGAGCUGUUGAAGACCAAUGCUGCCAAUAUUCACUCUAGUGAUGAUUGGUGUACCUUGUUUACGCUCUUAGAAUGUAUUGGAGCAGGAGUCAAACCUCCACCUGCUCUACAGAUAACAUCAGGAGUCGAUAGCCAUGAUGCAGGUGCACAAUCUGACAGUGAAAUUGUAUCUUACCAUCCCAAUGAAGUUAGUUCAGAUCGUGGCUACACUUCAGACUCUGAAGUCUACACUGAACACGGCAAGCAGACUAAGGUACACCGCUCCGCCACUGAUGUUGACAUUGCCAGCAGUGGCUGGUUGGUGGUGGGGAAAGAUGAUUUAGAUCUCAGCAAACCUGGCCAAGGUACAAAGCAGACGACUCCUCCUUUGGUCAAUCAGUACAGCCUCACCCUCGGGCAGGAUAUGGGCUCACAUGACACAAAGUCGCUCAUCAAGUGUGUGGAAUCACUGUCGUUUAUUGUGAGGGAUGCUGCUCACGUGACGCCAGAAAACUUUGAACUCGGUGUUAAAACGAUUCGCAUCUUUGUGGAAGCAAAUCUCAACGGUGGCUAUAAAACACAUGAAAGAAAAUCUAAAACAUACAAGUUUGACAAAUCCAACCGUUUGAAGAAGAAACAAAAGGAGAAGGAGAGUUCCAUGAAACGCUCAAAGACUUUUAACCAUCGCCCAUUGCGAUCACAUAGUGACGAUGAUGAGGAUGACAGUGUACCAGCAAGUUACCACACUGUGUCAUUACAGGUUAGUCAGGAUCUUCUGGAUUUGAUGCAUACACUCCACACUAGGGCUGCCAGUAUUUAUAGCUCAUGGGCUGAGGAACAGCGCCACUUGGAGUCAGCAGGAAGGAAAAUUGAAGCUGAUGCCAAAACCUUAUGGUCUAAUUGCUGGUGUCCACUGUUGCAAGGCAUUGCUUGGCUUUGCUGUGAUGCCAGACGUCAAGUCAGAAUGCAAGCACUUACUUACCUACAGAGAGCACUGUUAGUACACGACCUACAAACACUGGAUGCUUUGGAAUGGGAAUCUUGCUUUAACAAGGUGUUAUUCCCACUAUUGACUAAACUGUUAGAAAAUAUCAGCCCAGCUGAUGUUGGAGGAAUGGAAGAGACCAGAAUGAGAGCUUCGACUCUGCUUUGCAAAGUUUUCCUCCAACACCUAUCUCCACUGUUGUCUCUGCCAACGUUUGCUGCACUUUGGUUAACGAUCCUGGAUUUCAUGGAUAAGUACAUGCAUGCAGGAUCCAGUGACUUACUGUUGGAAGCCAUUCCAGAAUCAUUGAAGAACAUGCUGCUGGUUAUGGAUACAGCUGGUAUUUUCCAUUGUGCAGAUUCAAGGACUGGUUAUUCUCAGCUUUGGGAGAUUACAUGGGAGAGAAUAGAUUGUUUCUUGCCUCAACUGAAGGAUGAACUCUUUAAACAAACUGUUAUUCAAGAUCCUGUCCUUGGUCCAGCGGCUGAACCAUCAUCUCCAAAUCUAAUGCAGCAGGUUAGCAGUGCACAAACGUCUAUCCUCCCAGGCUCGGAAGCAAAUCUAUCUCCCGGUCAAAUAACCGCAUCAGAAAACCCUGCUGAGGCUAGUGCCAAAGAAACUGAAAAUAUACGUGUUGGAGGAACUCCCAGCCUUACGCCAUUAACAACUCCAAUCUCUACACCAGUGAAGAUGAAUGUUGGGCCAGAGAGUAAUCAGUCACUACCCCAAUCUCCAUUAAUUCUGCAGCCUCUUACUACUUCACUGCAAGUUGGUGUUCCAUCCAUGCCUUUGCCUAUUAUACUUAAUCCAGCUUUAAUAGAAGCUACAUCUCCUGUCCCACUGUUGUCCACCCCCUUACCAGCUACCACCACCACUGCAUCUGAGGUAAACUAGACUGGGCAAGAAUCAGUUCUUUUACACUUGCUUCAGAGAAUAGUCUGUGCUUUUUGCUUACCCAGUUUUGUCAGUGCACUCUCAUAACCGAAUUCUUUCUGUCCAUUUUUUUGUUACAGUUCACCUCUGUUUGAAAUCAAAAACCACACACCCAGCUAGUGAUUUUUAUCAACCUAAUAUUUUUCGUUUGUCAAUAGCAUUGC